AUGAAGCCCCAGGUCGGUAUCAACGGUUUUGGCCGCAUCGGUCGUCUUGUGUUGCGCGCUGCUGUUGCUUCCAACUCCGUCAAUGUUGUCGCUGUCAAUGACCCAUUCAUUGAUCUGGAAUAUAUGGUCUAUAUGUUUAAGUAUGAUUCCGCCCACGGCCGAUACAAAGGUGACGUCAAGGUUGAUGGCGGCAAGUUGGUUAUUGACAGCCACAGGAUUACCGUCUUCCAGGAGAUGAGUGCUAGUGCCAUCCCAUGGUCUCAGGCUGGCGCAGAAUACAUCGUUGAGUCCACUGGCAUCAACACCACCGUCGAGAAGGCCUCGGCUCACUUCCAGGGUGGUGCCAAGAAGGUUAUCAUUUCGGCUCCCUCUGCUGAUGCUCCCAUGUUCGUCGUCGGUGUAAACCAUGAGAAGUACGACCCCUCUAUGAAGGUAGUGUCCAACGCUUCCUGCACUACCAACUGCCUGGCUCCACUUGCCAAGGUCAUCAACGAUAAUUUCGGCAUUGUCGAAGGUCUCAUGACUACCGUGCACUCCUACACUGCCACCCAGAAGGUUGUUGAUGGUCCCUCGAAGAAGGCAUGGCGUGAUGGACGCACCGCUGCCCAGAACAUCAUCCCCGCCUCCACUGGUGCCGCCAAGGCUGUUGGCAAGGUCAUUCCUGAGCUCAAUGGCAAGCUAACCGGCAUGGCUUUCCGCGUGCCCACCCCCAAUGUCUCUGUUGUCGACCUGACCUGCAAGUUGAGUAAGCCGGCUACCUACGACCAGAUUAAGGCUGCCGUCAAGGCCGCCUCUGAGUCGUCUGCCCUGAAGGGCAUUCUUGAGUACACUGAAGAUCAGGUUGUCAGCACUGACUUCCUUUCCACCACCUGCUCCUCGACUUUCGAUGCUCGCGCUGGUAUUGCCCUCAACGACACUUUCGUUAAGCUCAUCGCUUGGUACGAUAAUGAGUUUGGCUAUAGCUGUCGUGUUGUUGAUCUGAUCAGCUACAUGUUCAAGAGGGAUCAUUAA